AUGAUGCGAGAGGAAACAGAUCGCGGAAGUGCCAUCGCUAGCAGCGGUGAUGAGAUGUCCAGGGGGGUAAGCAUCGGCCGCUCCGAUCGUACAGACCACUCCGACCACCGCGUCAAGGUUAUACAGUACGAGGAUGAGGACAAGGACGUGUGUGUCAGGUACUACGACACCGAUGGCAAGGACGAGGAGACGGCGGGGUACAAUUAUCACGACUUCAGCCACCACACGUGGUACGACUACACACGCACGCGAGAGCCCGUUCCAGCGCCCAUCGAAAAGCGAGAAUGCGAAGACAUCUUCAUGUGCCUGCCGUUCUAUCACGGCGUUCUAAGAAGCCUGGUGAAAUGUUCGACCGGAAUCACCAGUGGGUGGGGGUUCACCGCCAACCCGAAGGAAAACUUUGGGUACUACCUCACUGAAAUCAUCAACGGGCUUCUAUGCGGCAUGACCAUGCUUCCAGAAAUCAUCAGCUUCAGCUUCCUCGCCGGGAUUCCGCCGCACGUCGCUCUCCACGGCACGUGGAUAGUAUGCAUAUGCGCGGCGGUGUUCGGCGGCUCCCCCGGGAUCAUGACGGGGCUGUCCGGCGCACUCGCCGCCGUAGCUGGAAAGUAUGCUCUGUCGAUGGAAAGUCCCACGACAGAGCAAAUAGAGGUCCAUUUGUGGAGCAUGCUCUUGGCAGUCUUCCUCGCCGGAGUCAUACUAGUAUGCUGCUCAUUCUUCCACCUCGCCAGUAUCAGCCAGUUCUUAAGCACGUCAGUCAUAAUAGGCUACAGUAACGGGCUCGCCAUAGUUAUCGCAAGAGCGCAACUACACGGAUUUCAGGACCCUAAGACACAUCACUACAUAGCAGGCGUCGAACUCGUGCUCGCGAUUGUCUACUGCGUGAUCGCGUUCGUCCUAAUGCAGUUCACCAAUAAGAUACCGAAGGUCGGGCAGUAUCUUCCACCUGCGCUGCUUGCUGUGUUUGUUGUCGUCUUCAUCGAUCUCGCCAUUGUAAAGCAAGUAGCACCCGACAUCAAGGUCACGACCAUAGGCGAUGUCGCAUUCCUCACCUCGGAGACGGCGCUGCCUGUCAUGUCGUGGACGCAUUGGAGCGCGAUUAGAAAGGUUAAUUUCAACAUGACCUUCGUAUGCAAAGUCUUCGUUCUUGCAGGGAGCAUUAUCAUGGAGGCGCUCAUGGUGAACGACAUCAUCAAGACGCUAAGCGGUAAUGACCCCAACUCGAACCAGCAAAUGUUCGGACUCGGUAUCGGGAACAUGCUUAGCGCCUUCAUGGGAUCCUCAGGAGGUAGCUCGAUGGUGGGAAUAUCCGUCAUGAACCUCAAGGCGGGCUCGAGAGGCAAGGAGUCGAGCAUUGCCGCCGCCCUCUUCAUAUUCGUCAUGCUGGGAGGAGGGUUCCCUCUGCUCAACUAUAUACCCAUUCCAAGCCUCUGCGGGAUCAUGUUCUCGGUUUCGUGUCAUUGUUUCAAGUGGUUCAGCCUGCCCAUGUGCAUCGUGACGUUCAUGCCACAGGCCAUACGCAACAUGCACCCUAAGCUGAAGAUGAAAAUCACAAGGUCCGACGCCAUCAUCAUUGUGGCAGUCACCAUCAUGUGUAACCUGGUGAUAAUACCCCUCGCAAUUAUCGUAGGCGUUGUGCUUGCCGCGUUCGCAUACGUCUGGGAGUCCAAGUCGCGGUUCAAGGUGGAAAUAUACAUGGACAACGAAACCAACAUCAAGUACUACGAGAUCGAGGGGAACAUUUUCUACGCCAGCAAACGCAUGCUUACGCGGGUGUUCACUCCGGAAGACGACCCCGAGACCACAGUUAUAGUGCUCCUGGCGUCCACAACGCUGUUCGACUACACCGCCAUUGAAACGCUCAACUCGCUGAAGUCCGAGUACGCAUCGUACAAUAAAAUGCUGCUGAUAAAGGGCCUCAGCCACGGAUGCAUCAAAAAGGUCGCCAAAAUGAACCACCUCUGCAGGCACAUGGAACACGAUCUGGUGGGCAUAGAGACGCCGAACCUCCCAACGCUCUACUCACGCUUCACGAACUUGAGGAACAAACUGCAAAUGAUCGCCGUUAGGCAGUGCGGCACGGAUCAACAGGAAAGCGAAGAGACCACGGAAAGAACGGACGGCAACAAAAGUGCUGGCGAGGCCAACGAGGUGACAAACAACGAAAAAGCUAGAUCUCAAGUCGACGUCUGA